GGCCACUGGCAGGUUUGUGGGGACGCAAGGGAGAGCUGGGGGUCCGCCCCCCGGUACUGGGUAUGUUCACCAUCCCUCUGGGCUCACACCCUCUGCGGGGAUGGGGGGGCUGCUGGGGGUACCCCGGGAUGGGGAGGCGAUGGGGGCCGAGCCCCCUGGGUUUCUCUCCCCAUUGCUCUUGCUCUCGUGCUCAGCGGGACCUGGGGAGGCAGCUGCCACGCUGAGACUUCAAACGAGCGCAGACGUGACGCAGAAAAACCACAGAGGGAGGAAAAACAGCCUGUUCCUGCCUGUCCCCCCUCGCCUGCCUUCCCCGGGCCGGGUGGCAGAGGUGGCGGUGUCCCCGGCAGCCUCCUGCUCAGCCGCCAGCGCCGGGGCGGAAGAGGCGGCCGGCCGUGCCGAUGGCAGCGUGGCAGCCUGUCCUGUACCUGCUGCUCUGGCUGGGGACGUGGGCCUUCCCCGGCCACGGAAGAGCCGCCCCGAGCCCUGGAGAGCCCAGCCUGCAGCUCACCGGCAGCGGCUGCCGCUGCGCCGGGAUACUGGAGGUGAAGUGGGAGGGCAAGUGGACCCGCGUGUGCCGGGACAGCGUGACCGAGUCCGGCGUGGAUGGCAUCUGCCAGCGCUUGGGCUGCGGCCCCCGCAUCGUCCUCACCGGCGGGAAGGAGCCGCACGUGUCGACGCUGCGGUGCCUGGGGCCGGCGGCCACCGCGGUGGGGUGCGGCCGGGUGCUGGCAAACUGCACGGAGCACGCCGUCCUCACCUGCAGUGAGCCAGUGGAAACCACCCCCGAGCCCCCGCCAGCACCCCCAACCACCACCACGGAGCCCCCCGGACCCCCCAGGCUGCGGCUGGUGGACGGGGACUUUGUCUGCUCGGGCUUCGUGGAGCUGCACAGGCAGGGGCUGUGGGGGGCCGUGGCGGACAGCCUGGACAUCUCACCGGGGCUGACCACCCGCAUCUGCCAGGCUCUCGACUGCGGCUCCGCCAUCGCCGACCACGGCCACGCCAAGCCGGAGCGGGAAAGCCACUUGCCGGUGCGGUGGGAGGUGGUGAAGCCCUGCGAGAGCCAUCUGCUCCUCGACUGCUUCAACAAGACCCGCGCCUGGCAGGGGAAAGCGCCUGCCUUCAUCAUCUGCUCCGGCUCCCAGCCCCAGGCCCUGCGGAGGUUGGCGGCCGGCCCCACGCCUUGCGAAGGGGACGUCGAGGUCUUUCACGAGGGCCAGUGGUGGGUGCUGUGCGACAGCUGGGUGCACCGAACCAAGUGGGGCGGGCAGCUAUGCCAGGAGCUGCGGUGUGGGAACCUCUCCUCCAGCGCCGAGAUCCGGGACCCCCGCUCGAUGGGUGUCACCUGCAGGGCCCCCACCCUGCACCUCUGCUCCGCCAGCCUCGAGGCUCCCCGGACCUGCUCCCGGACCAGAGUCGUGUGUCAGGACUCGAAGCCGCAGCCCACCAGCACGGCGCCUGGCACCAUCGUGAGCAUCUGCCUGGCCCUGCUUCUCUUCGGCAUCCUUCUGCUCAUCUGCGGCCCCCCUGCCUACAGGAGGCUGAUGAAGAGAAUCUCCAAGAAGAAGCAGCGCCAGUGGAUCGGCCCCACGGGACUCAACCAGACGGUUUCCUUCCACCGCAACAGCACCGUCACCCCGAGGCCGCGGGCGGAGGGGCACCGGGUGCAGGCUGGGGACAACGACUACGCUCAGCCCCCCCAGAAGAGCUCCUACCUCUCGCCUUACCCAGGUAAGCGCAGGAGGACGCCGGGGACGGCUCCUCCGUUCUCCCUUCCCGCACGCGCCGGUGGGGACGAACCACCCGGGGCAAAAGCGUCGCGGCAAGACUUUUGCCGACGCCGGGCGAGGGGCUGCGCCGGGACGUACCCCCAGCCGCCGUAAUGAGCCACAUCCAUUCCCCUGCAGCCCUGGAAGGCGCGAGCAGAGCUUCCAACCCUCCGGACAACUCCUCCGACAGCGACUACGACCUGCACUCU